AUGAACGCCACAGAGAACGAUCGAAACAAGAACGUCGGUCUCACGCGUCUCGUGAACGGCUACGUUUCCUUAACUCCCGAUCAACUCUCGUUGAUGGACAACGCCGGUUGGCUCGACGAGCAGGGGAAAUUGACUGAUGCAGCCGGCUACUUUGACGUAUCGAUACCGCUGAAUAUGAUUCUGAGAUUUGUCGAGGAUUAUCAGAAGAUCGUCGUUAAGGCCAAACACGAGACUGCUGCGGAAGAAUGCAAAGUUGUAAUUCUAAAGUUAGAAAGGUUGAUACCGUACAUAAGAGUUUUGGAUCGCCGAAAGAUUAAGCUGCUGCGAUUCAUCGAGAAGGACGCGCCCAUCUCCAUGAGUUUUCGUACCUGGGAGUUAUACGAAUAUCCUCUUCUUCCCGCCACUUCGAAACACGUAUGGACGGUCAAGACGUCGGCGCAGCUAGAAAAAUCACAAUACGUUACAUUGCGAUUCCAAACGAGUAGAAAGAGUAAAAAAAAUAAACAUGCGAGUCACUUCGAUCAUUGCAAUGUCGGAGACGUUAAACUGUUUUUGAAUGCGCAAUGUUACCUGUAUGGAAAUCUUAAUCUUAACAUUAGUCGCACUCAAUUUGCUUUGUUGUACGAGAUGUAUGCAAACUUUCAAGCUGCAUACUACGGUAAAGAUCCCGAGCCUUUGUUGACGAAGAACGAAUUUUUGGAAUAUGCACCGCUGAUCGUCAUCGAUUGUUCUAAACAAAACGAGUCCCUCAAGUUCGGGCCGGUCGACAUUCGUCUCGAGUUCGAGGCGGAAAACAAUUUUCCCGCCGAAACUUCGACAUCCUGCUUAAUCCUACACGAUCGUAUCGUCGAGUACAACCCGAUCAGUGGUGGGAUGGAGAAAUUUGUAUAA